AUGACGAACCAAGCCCAUAUAAACUCGAGCCUAUACGGCAAUGGUAAAGUGUUUAAGAUUGGAGAGAUCAUACGGGCACCCAAUAAGCCCAAGGAGAGCGCCAGUGCCAUCGUGGCUCGCCACCGUACACCUAAUAUUGUGUACAAUAAGGGUUUGAGAACUGGUUAUCGAGGCAAAGCCCUCCCGGACUCCACCGACAACCAAUGGGUCCUUGAACUUAUAGAAGGGGAGGAGACAACGGGCGAGGAGGUGGUGGACGCUGGUGUUGACUAG